CCCUGUUUUGGAACGGAACCAUCUCUUUUGCUUUUUUUAAUAAAAUUCUACAACAACCAGAACAGCUUGAAGAAGAGAGACGUGUUUCGUGGAUCUAAAAAAAAAACAGUAUUUACGGCCUGCAAGUACUCCCUUCCUACCACUACCACUAGUGAAUAGUCAGUGAUAUUAUUACUCAAUUUCUUUCAGAGAUCUCGUUGUUCAACAUUUACUGGUCACUGAGAUCGAGAUCCCCCUCUCUUGUCUGCAUCUUCAUGCGAUCCGAUGGCGUUGAAAAGCAGUUCAGCUGAUGGUAGAACUAGGAGUUCUAUGCAAAUAUUUAUUGUAGCUGGGUUAUGCUGUUUUUUUUACAUCUUGGGUGCAUGGCAAAGGAGUGGAUUUGGCAAGGCUGACAAUCUUGCCGAGAGGAUUAUCAAGAGUACAGAAGACUGUAAUAUCAUUCCAAAUCUUACUUUCGAGACCCAUCAUGGUGGUGACAUUGGGCCCGACGAUGAUUCUGAAUCUAAAUCCAAAAUCUAUCAGCCUUGCCCUUCUCGUUUUACUGAUUAUACCCCUUGUCAAGAUCAGAGUCGUGCUAUGACUUUUCCGAGGGAUAAUAUGAUUUAUCGGGAGAGACACUGUCCUCCUCAACAAGAGAAGCUACACUGCUUGAUACCUGCUCCUAAAGGUUAUGUCACCCCAUUUCCUUGGCCUAAGAGUCGGGACUAUGUCCCCUUUGCUAAUGCACCCUAUAAGAGCUUGACUGUCGAAAAGGCUAUUCAGAACUGGGUCCAGUACGAGGGCAACGUGUUUAGGUUUCCUGGUGGAGGAACACAGUUUCCACAAGGAGCAGAUAAGUAUAUUGAUCAACUAGCUUCGGUGUUGCCAAUUGCUAACGGGACAGUCAGGACUGCAUUGGACACUGGUUGUGGGGUUGCCAGUUUAGGUGCAUACCUCUGGAGCAGGAAUGUCAUUGCCAUGUCAUUUGCUCCGAGAGAUUCACAUGAAGCACAGGUCCAAUUUGCACUUGAAAGAGGUGUACCUGCUGUUAUUGGUGUUUUUGGUACUGUGAAGCUGCCAUAUCCAUCCAGAGCCUUUGAUAUGGCUCACUGCUCUCGUUGCUUGAUUCCAUGGGGAGCUAAUGACGGGAUGUACCUGAUGGAAGUCGAUCGAGUUCUCAGACCUGGUGGUUACUGGGUGCUUUCUGGACCUCCCAUCAACUGGAAGAAUAAUUACAGAUCAUGGCAGCGUCCCAAGGAGGAACUUCAGGAGGAACAGAGAAAGAUUGAAGAGACCGCCAAGCUUCUUUGCUGGGAUAAGAAGUAUGAAAAUGGUGAAAUGGCCAUUUGGCAAAAGAGAUUAAAUGCUGAUUCCUGUCGUGGUAGACAAGAUGAUUCUAGAGCUACCCUUUGCAAAUCCACAGACACAGAUGAUGCGUGGUACAAGCAAAUGGAGGCAUGCGUUACUCCAUAUCCUGAUAGUGGUAGCUCAGAUGAAGUGGCUGGUGGGCAAUUGAAGGUGUUUCCAGAGAGGCUUUAUGCUGUCCCUCCGAGAGUUGCUAGUGGGUCCGUUCCUGGAGUUUCUGCUAAGACAUACCAGGUGUACAAUAAGGAAUGGAAAAAGCAUGUAAAUGCUUAUAAGAAAAUCAAUAAGCUUCUCGACUCUGGACGAUAUCGCAACAUUAUGGAUAUGAAUGCUGGGAUGGGAGGAUUUGCUGCCGCCCUUGAGUCUCCGAAACUGUGGGUUAUGAAUGUGGUGCCAACUAUAGCUGAGAAAAGUACACUGGGUGUGAUAUAUGAGAGAGGAUUGAUUGGAAUCUAUCAUGACUGGUGUGAAGCUUUCUCCACAUACCCAAGGACCUAUGACCUUAUUCAUGCCAGUGGAGUAUUCAGUUUAUACAAAGACAGGUGUAACAUGGAGGACAUUCUUCUGGAGAUGGAUCGGAUUUUGCGACCAGAAGGUGCAGUUAUAUUCCGUGAUGAAGUCAAUGUUCUAAUUAAGGUGAGGAAGAUGGUAGGACAAAUGAGGUGGCAUACAAAAAUGGUGGACCAUGAAGAUGGUCCCUUAGUUCCUGAGAAGGUAUUAGUUGCUGUCAAGCAGUAUUGGGUUGCAGGUGGAAACUCCACGUCCACGCAGUGAAUGGUGAAUGGGAGGUACUGGUGAAAUCUUCUCAUCUUUCGCUGGCAGUGCUUUGUUGUUCAAGACAUGGCAUAUAUUGAUCUGUUUAAAGCAUGCUUCUUCUUCUUCUUCUUUUAUUCAUUGCGGAGUAUCAUAGAACAUAGGGAGGGGGGUUACACGAUGUAGUGUUUUACUAGCUAUUAAUAUAGCCCAUGAUGUAUUCUGGUGGUAAUUUAUAGACGCAUGCAAAUCUGUGACUGUAAGGUUUUGGACAUCAAUAUUUAUGGCCUUCUUUUUUUC